AUGAACCGGAAUUUAUUCAUCUUUCUGCUUUUUUCCAUCAUCGGCGUCACGCAUGGUCUAGGUAUUAUAGUGUUCACAAAAACGUUGCGAAAACGUCGUUUUGAACGCAGAUUGCACUCAAAUCCCGGAUUCGGCAAUCAAAAACGGAUAUCAUGUGGUUCUGCCGUUGAACUCGCCAGCUCCAGCGUUUCUACCGCCUAAUUUCAACUGUACUUAUCUGGUAAACUUGUUACACUUUCAAGAAAGUCUAUUAUUCUUUUUUUUACAGAUAAAAGUGUUCGAAAUGCAAUACGCCACAAUUACUCUCACAAAUGGCUUACUCGGAAGCAACGAUUUUAUCAUUGUGGAUGAAGGAUUCGGGAAACGGACUACUGUCACGAGGUACCGUAUUCAAAGCAAUGUAUCUCGGCUGUUUGUAGAGAUAUCGAAAUGUGGUCAACUGAUAAAAUGUACACAAUGUCUUGAUGAACAUUUUAUCAGUUGACAACUUUUUGAUAUCUUUAUCGAUAGCUGAGAUAUAUCAAUUUGAAUAACGAAUCGUAGUGGUCCCAACUCUUUUCAGCCGUUCCUCCUACUCUCUCACUUUUUACGUCUUCCCAAACACGACGGCAAGUGUGCAAGUGACCACAAAAAGUGUGAACAUGUACUCUCGAUUCCUCAUCGAUAUCGACUACGAGAAAAGUAAUUAUUAUCUUGGGAGAUGGCCUGAAAAUCAGCAGACUUGUCAAAUCCCGGGCCGGGCCAGCAAAUCGUCGGCCCGGAAGUUAGACCUCAAAAAAAAUAUGCAAAAAAAAUAUGAAGGAAGAGGAAAACGCGUGCGGCAAAAUUGCUAAAAUGGCGUGCCAGAGUUGCAAUCAAUCGCUCCGCCCACUCUUGAGAAAAUUUUCGUAAUUUUUGUGAAAAUUUUGCGACUUUAAACAGCAAUUUCUAUUUUUUAGCAGGUUUUUAUGCUAUAACAUUGCCUUUUUAAGUCUAUAAAAUUUUAAGUCUAUAAAAUUAUGUUCGUUUCGAAGUUCUAGUUCGCUUUGAAUUUUUAGGUGCAUCCUCCCGGGCCGACCGGGCCGGAAAAUUUCCAAUUUUGGUCCGGCCCGGCCCGUUGCAAGUCUGAACAUCAGUUUUUCAGUGUUUGCUCCGUAUGCGUUCCCUCUUCAAAAGUACGAAGUUAUGAAUUAUUAUUCGCUGAGAAAACUGCAAGUUCCCAAUUAUUACAACCCGCAGACACUGUACUCUAAAGAACCGGUACACAUUGUGGCCCAACUGCUUCUCUCCCACUACAACUUUCCGUUUCAGAUCCAUCUCUCGCUUGCUCAGGCCAACUGGCCGGCCACAAUCUUUGACAACUAUUUCGUGAUUGACGGAGACUUCAACACACCCGUUUCGAUCCAUAGACUCUCGGAAUUCGUGGACGCUUCCUUUGUGACGACUACGAAUAACAUCACGCUUCUCGGAUUGGAUAAAACCGUUUUGGACUUUGCAAUCGUUCUGAAUCCUCUGUCAGAAGCCGUCAAGUUCGAUGCUCUGAGGGCGGAGAGCUCAUUGAAGGCUAUUCAUCGAGUCACGAUUGAUGCGAUGAACUCAAAGAAAGCGGUGGAGUUUGUGAGCGUCAAUUCUAACCAAAUAACUCUAACUUCGAUUGGGUUUAGCAAUGUGAGCUCCUGUGCUUUGUCUCCCGAAAUACAAUUGAAAUACUAUCUUACAGUACUUCCCGAACCGGACCGCAAAAAUUGUGACAGGACCUCCGAACAGUUACAGCGAGUUGGUGUUGGAUAUGGUCAACGAUGAGUACAUUCAGCCGUUCCCCAUUCCAUUGCGAUACUUCACACUGAUUCUGGAGAACUGUUCGUUGACUUUCAGCCUUUGGUCACCGAGCUGA